UAUUGUUAAGCGUCUCUUUGUUUACCUGUAUCUGAAUGUAGUAUAUAUACUUCGUGCAUGUGAUGUAUAUGUGUGUAUACUCAAAUAGGUAUGCUUUGUCUUCAAUUAGAUCACAAUCUUCAACUUGCAAACACCCAAACAAAGAAAAUAAAAAUAGAAAUAAACACGGGCCCUAUUUCGAAGCUCCUCGAAGAUCUUUGCUCCAAGUCUCUCACUUUUUCAUCCAAUCUUCACUAGUUUCUUCUUAAAGAUUGCAACUUUCUGAUCCUUAAGAGGAGGAGCUCGAGGUCAAAUUUCAUGAAUUCUGAAAGAAACAGAAACUUCAAGCAGCUAGUAUGGAAUGUUGAUUUUGUCUCCUUGUAAGAAAAAGAAGAUCCUUUUGGUGUUUUCUCUCUGAUACAACAAUGAAUAUGAGCAAGAAGAUUAUAGUAUGGUUUAGAAGAGACUUAAGAAUCGAAGAUAACCCUGCAUUAGCCGUUGCUGCACAUGAAGGAUCUAUAUUUCCUGUGUUCAUAUGGUGUCCUGAAGAAGAAGGACAAUUUUUCCCAGGAAGAGCUUCAAGAUGGUGGCUUAAACAGUCACUUACUCAUUUAGCACAAUCCUUGAAAGCUCUUGGAGCUGAGCUCACUCUUAUCAAAACCCAUAGCACCGUUUCCGCAAUCUUGGAUUGUAUCCGAGCCACUGGUGCUACGAAACUCGUGUUCAAUCAUCUUUACGAUCCGGUUUCGCUUGUUCGGGACCAUACCGUUAAGGAGAGGCUUGUGGAGAUUGGGAUUACUGUGCAAAGCUAUAAUGGAGAUUUGUUGUAUGAGCCAUGGGAGAUUUACAGUGAGAAAGGCCAGCCUUUUACUAGCUUUAGUCUCUACUGGAAGAAAUGUUUAGAUAUGACAACUGAACUUGUUUCACUUCCUCCUCCUUGGAGAUUGAAUCCAACAACUUCAGCAACACCGAUUGUAAUUGUGGGGGCUUGUUCAAUCGAUGAGCUUGGGUUAGAGAACGAAGCAGAGAAACCGAGCAACGCAUUGUUAACCAAAGCUUGGUCUCCGGGAUGGAGCAAUGCUGAUAAAAUACUAAACGAGUUCAUCGAAAAACAUCUCAUAGAUUACUCCAAGAACAGCAAGAAAGUCGUUGGAAACUCAACCUCUCUGCUUUCUCCCUAUCUUCAUUUCGGGGAAAUAAGCGUGAGACGCGUUUUCCACUGCGUUCGGACGAAACAAAUCGUCUGGGCGAGAGACGAGAACCGGAGCGGAGAAGAAAGCGCGAAGCUUUAUCUUCGAUCUCUCGGGCUAAGAGAGUACUCACGGUACAUCUGUUUCAACUUCCCGUUUACUCACGAGCGUUCUCUGUUGAGCCAUCUUCGUUUUUUCCCUUGGGACUCGAAUGUCGACAAGUUCAAGGCUUGGAGGCAAGGGAGAACCGGUUAUCCGUUGGUUGACGCUGGAAUGAGAGAGCUUUGGGCUACGGGAUGGAUACAUAACCGGAUAAGAGUGAUUGUUUCGAGCUUUGCAGUGAAGUUUCUUCUGCUUCCAUGGAAAUGGGGUAUGAAGUAUUUCUGGGAUACUUUAAUGGAUGCUGAUUUGGAAUGUGACAUUCUUGGUUGGCAAUAUAUUUCGGGUAGCUUACCUGAUGGCCACGAGCUCGAUCGAUUGGAUAAUCCCGAGUUACAAGGAGCCAAGUUUGAUCCUGAAGGUGAUUACGUGAGACAAUGGAUCCCGGAGCUAGCGAGGUUCCCAACAGAAUGGAUUCAUCAUCCAUGGGACGCUCCUGUAUCGGUGCUGAGAGCCUCAGGUGUUGAACUAGGUAGUAACUAUGCUAAGCCCAUCGUAGACUUAGACACGGCCCGUGAGCUACUUACUAAAGCGAUAUCAAGAACUCGGGAAGCUCAGAUCAUGAUUGGUGUUGCACCGGACGAGAUUGUGGUUGAUAGCUCUGAAGAUUUCGGAAAAGAAAACGAGAUUUGCCAGAACUUUGGGUCCAAUGAUCAACAGGUUCCAUCUGCUGUUCAUCAAAAUGGUUGCAAGAGAUUGAAAGCUGAGUCGUCUUCUUCUUCUUCUUCAUCGGCUAAGGUCAAAAGACAGAACGAGAGUAUCUUACAAAAAAAA